CAUGACUUAGCCACCAUUAGCCACCAAACGUGCAGUCCAUGCUUACUCUCUCUCUCUCUAUAAGUAGCCACCAUCUCGUUAGCCUUAAGACUUAGCCAUUUGUCGUAUCUCUUCUUACUAGUUGACAAUUUCAGACCAAAAAAACAAAAAGACAAUGGCUGCUGCAGUUCUCAUGCCAACGAUUAGCUUCAGAGACGAGAGCACUCAUGAGGAAAUGAAGAAGAAGAUUCUAGUCGAGCAAGCGAGUAUAAUGCAAUCCGAGAGGGAGAUAUCGAUGGACCCUAAAUCAAUUAGGUCAUUCUCUUUCUCGGGUUCGCUUAAAAGGAACGAUAGCUUCGACAUGGUUCUCUUACCGGCCAUGUCACCUCCUAGAGACUUAGAUGCGCCUAUGCCUCUUCCGUUGCAGCCAGUGAGCGGUAACCUCCCAAACUCGACCACUAAUUCUCCUAAACAACGUUCUGGUCUGAUGCGUGCGCUAAAAGGUAAGGAACAAGAUUCGUCUUGGUCGGCGUCAUUCAGGAGAAGCAAAUCUUAUGGAUCUACGAGCAAGAGACAGUCUCUUAAAAACUCUUUCUUCGUUAAGACCGAGUCGAACAAGAGCACCAGCUAUAACAACACUUUAGAAGACGGAUUCAAAUGCAACGCUCUGUGUUUAUACCUCCCCGGUUUUGGUAAAGGAAAACCGGUUAGGUCAUCAAGGAAAGAUGAUUCUUCUUCCUUCACCCGAACCACUACCACCACCACGUCAUCAUCUUCUUCCGUUACAUUUUCAAGAACGGUCUCCGUCAGAGAAUCCACCACAACCACUAUCUCGGUUCGAGUUUCAAUGGAGAAGUUCGACUGUAGCUCCUACGCUUCGGAAUCCGGAGGAGAAGAAGGUCGAGAUCACUCCUUUAACUUGCCGUCCGAGCUAAUCAAAAGCGGUUCCGAUGAAAACGACCAUGAUGAUCCAGUUUCAGCGGCUUUCGUGUUCGACAAGGAACCUAUUGAGAAAGAGAUCAAAGGAGUUUUAAAGAUGUCUGGUUCGAAAAACAGUAGAUCGAUGGACUCUUCGGUUCGUCAGGUUCGAUUCUCCACGUCCCCGGCGAUCUCACCACGGUUAUUAGAAGCCACCAAGAAUUUCAAUACUUUCUUGGAAGCUCAGGCCGUUUGAGUGAUGAUGGUGUGUUGACUACAAUUAAUAUAUGUAGUAUAAGAAGUCUUGUUAUAAUAUUUUACUUCGGUUGUAAUUUCCGAAGUAUGUAUCAACUAGGUGCGGACAUAAUAAUUUUACAAAAUUUAAACAUACAUUAUUUAUUUAAAAAUCACCACUUUUUCAAUAAUAAUAUUAUAUUGUUUCCAGCUAUAUUUUAGGAAAAUCUCCAAAAAAUCUUCAUCGAUGUUAAUCUUAUCACCAAAUUUUAUAUUGUCACAUUUAAGUAUAUCUUUCAUCGAUGUUAAUCUUAUCACCAAAUCUUCAUAUAAUAUUUUUUGUCUAAACAUUUUUAUACUAAAAACUGAUAAAAUUAUUGUUGGUAACUACAAUUAUAUUACCUUGAUAAAUAUAUAAAGAUAUAUAUAUAUAUAUAUAUAUAUAUAUAUAUAUGUAUGUAUGUAUAUAUAUCAGCUUUUAUUUAUUUUGGACAAUAAAAGGUUAAUUAAUAUUUUUUGGAUAAUGAUAAUAUAUAACUAAAUUUUCUUUUAUUUGAUUAUUAUUUAUGCAAUUUUACCUUUUGUUUUUGGGUGAUUUUAUUAUUGUAUAUGAAUAUAUAACUAUAUAUAUUAUGAAUUAAUAUAAUUAUCUAAUUAUUAUACAUAUAAAUAAAGAUAAUUAUUCAUUAAAUGUAGAAUGACUCUAAUUACUCUAGUUUUUAAUGUGAUAGUUCAGAUCAAAAAUAUCAAUUUGAAACUAAUAAUAUCACAAUUUUAUAUUAGAGUAAUUUUGUUUAAUUAACUAACUAAUACAAUCUGUAAAUUCUUCAAAACAAAAUAAUAAACAAAUAAGAAAAACCAAGUUGAAAAAUAACAAAAGUACGUAGAAUAUAGAACUUCUAUGAGAAAAUAUUAGACAAACCAAUGCCCGAAGUCAAUAAAUUCAUAUAACAAAAUAGUGAUGCUACAAACUAAAAGAAACUCAAGUAAAAAAACAUAAGAGAAUUCAAUUAUAUUUAUCUAGACAAUAGAAUCCUUCUUCUAUCUAUCUCCAUAGCCAGUGAAAAAAAAAACAGGAUAUAAGAUUCAAUAUGAACAAAACCAGAAAGAAUCACAUAAUCAAAACAAUAUACAUAAGAUAUCUGAAGCAAUAGGAAGUCACUCAAUAUGAAAUAAACUAAACUAAAAUCUAAGAGAUAAGAGAUGAAUAGGUUUUAUAUAAUAUUACCUUGUGAACAAAAAGAUAACAAUUGGUUAAAUAUAUAUUAUAAUCUAGCAACAUUAUAUAACUAUUUAUUAAGUAAAAC